UAUAGAAGAAGAUCGAUUGUUUUCGCUUCUCUAAUAAACAUCACGCAGGAUGGCGACGGAGUGCAGCCAGGAGUCCGUGCUGGAGUUUCUAAUUGAGAAAGGGGGGCGUGUGAGGAAUAAGGAGUUGAUAGAGCAUUUUAAAGUGUUUCUCGCUGGAGAAAAGGACAGAAACGUGGAAAAGGAGUCCUUCAAACGGUUUGUGGACAACGUUGCUUAUGUCAGGCAGGAGAAUGGGGAGAAGGUGGUGUGCUUGAAGAAGAAGUACAGGAGGAUGCCAGGAGCUACACAUGACCCUAAUCCUAAACAAGGUGUGCCGUCUCCUGGGAAGGAGGACAGUGAUGGAAACGGGAAGCUUGGUCAGAAAUCCGACACGCCGUCGAGGCACAGGAUGCUUGAUGAUGGGGAAAGGGGCAUGGAUGUGGACGUAUGCAUAUCGGACAUUGCACUGGUUGAAGUAACCGCCUCAGAUGGCGGAGGCCCCGCGGUGCAGCUGGUGGGCCGACGGAGAACCUCUCGGGGUUCGCAGCGCAGCCUCCUGGCCACCUCGGACGAAGUGGACUCGGUAGGCAUGGAGGUCGGUACCCCAAGAAGCAGCCGAAGGAGCUUCGUAGAGCUGAUGAUGAGCAGCUCCCCGCAGGUGCGCCGCAACCUGGUGCGCAGGAGCUCGCAAGGCCAGAUGGUGGCCAAACGGUGGGAUUCUCUGAAAAGCGAAGGGGAUUCUAGCUCAGUGGAGGAGGACUGCGCCUCGGUGACUCUAGACCCACUAGAGCACGAGUGGAUGAUGUGCGCUAGUGACGGGGAAUGGGACAGCCUUCAGCGGCUGCUGGUUUGCGAGCCAGGUCUCGUCACCAAGAAGGACUUUGUCACCGGCUUCACUUGCCUGCAUUGGGCAGCCAAGCAGGGCAAGCAUGAGUUGCUUGCAUUGCUGGUCACCUUCGCCCAGCAGCACUCCGUGGCGGUCAACGUGAACGCCCGCUCCAGCGCCGGGUACACGCCUCUCCACCUGGCGGCCAUGCACAACCACGUGGAGGUCAUGAAGCUGCUGGUGGGAGCUUAUGAUGCGGACCUAGAGGCGAGGGACUACAGCGGGAAGAAGCCUUCCCAGUACCUCAACCCUGCAGUCGCAGGCGACAUCCGAGACAUCGUAGGCGCUUGUGGGGACUUGGACACAGAGAAGCCCAAGUUGCUGGCCAAGCCCAAGUCGCUGUACCGCAAGGCUUCCAUCGGCAGGAUCAAGCUAAACCGAGGCAGGGUCAGGACCCAGAUUGUUCACAGCACCUCUUUCAGAGAGACUGAGGAAGGGGAUGGGUCCCUGACGAGCCCUGUCAAGUCCAGACCCGUGUCCAACCUCUUUGGCUAGGGCGAGGAUGGUGGAAUGCCUUUCCCAAAAUUGUUCCCAGAGAAAAUUCCGCUUUUACCUCUUAGGC